UUACUAUUGUAGGGUAUUGAAAUAGCAGUGGUUCAUACGAUCACGGUAGGUCACAGAGUCUAGAGAGAGAAAGCGAGUCGAGAGAGAGAAGAGUAUGUCGGGCGUUAACCAGCAACCAGCGGCGGAGGAAGAUAAGAAGCCCAGCGAUCAAUCUGCUGCUCAUAUCAAUCUCAAGGUCAAGGGUCAGGAUGGAAACGAAGUUUUUUUCAGGAUCAAAAGAAGCACUCAGUUGAAGAAACUUAUGAAUGCAUAUUGUGAUAGACAGUCAGUGGAGUUCAACUCAAUUGCCUUCUUGUUUGAUGGACGCCGUCUUCGAGCGGAGCAGACUCCUGAUGAGCUAGAAAUGGAGGAUGGAGAUGAGAUUGAUGCCAUGCUGCACCAAACUGGCGGCUCAAUUAUUUAGUAAUAUUAUGCAUCAUGUCCUGCUUAUCUUUUUAGACUUAAAAUUUAAGUUCUUGACCUUAGUUUGAGUAUUUGGUGGACAUCAAUGAAGGUAAUUAUGUAAAGAUUAUGUCCAUGGAGUUGUCCUAAACAUAUGCUGCUUAUCUUGUUUCCUAAAUUUACUCUUUCAUCAGCUUCCUAAAGUAUAUAUUAUUUAUCUAUUUUGAAUC